ACCAAAAGGAGAAAAAAAACCACCCAAAAAGUCAACAAACAAAGAACAAACCACCACCCCAAAUUACAGCAAUUACUUGAUCAGGGCAUUUUCACUUCCUACUCUGUGAGAGAAAUUCCCCAGGUCAUCUGACCUCUGUUGAAACUACACCAGGAAGAGGAGCAGUGGCAGUCUACAAGUGCAGGGCGUUCUCUGGCUGUACAAAAGCCUCCCAAGUGUGAGCCAGAGCUCAGAGCUGCGCAGGGAUGUGCAGGUGUGUGUACAUACAGUGAGGUGAGCUGUGAGUAUCCUGCCAGCCAGAUCAUCUCUUGCACAACACUCCGGUCCUGUGCAGCCCGGCAGAUCUGCUUUUCCUUUCGCUGCUUAUUUCUAACCAUGCCUCCAGAGCAGAGCUUCUGAGGAGCUGUUUCCUCAUGCGCUGUUUCCUCACAUGCUGCUGAAAACAGCUCUCUCCAAGAAGAGGUGGUGGCUGGCAGCAUGGUGGGAAUAAUGGAAAUGAGGACAUGGAUUGAGCCAGUGGUCGCAGGUUCCCAAGUGGCCAGUGCCUUCUAUGACACAGCACUGCUCCUGGUAGUGAAGAACUACUACAACCAGACCAACAGCACUGCUCCCUCUCAGGUCCUGGAAGAUGCUCAGCAGAAGGCUGUAUCCAAUUUUUAUAUCAUCUAUAACCUAGUUCUGGGCCUGAGCCCACUGGUGUCAGCCUAUGGCUUGUCCAAGCUGGGGGACAGGAUACAUCGGAAGAUCCCCAUCUGCGUCCCUCUUCUUGGUUAUUUGGGCUCCAAAACUCUCCUGCUCCUCCUGAUUCUGCUGGGCUGGCCAGUGGAGGUGAUGUAUGGGGCUGCUGCCUUCAAUGGACUGACAGGAGGCUUCACCACACUUUGGGCAGGCAUCAUGGCUCUGGGAUCCCUGGGGUCCUCGGAAAGCAAGAGAUCUCUGCGGCUCAUCAUUAUCGAACUGGUGUAUGGCCUUGCUGGCUUCCUGGGAAGCAUGGCAUCUGGCUACCUCUUUGUUGGCUUCAGUGACCGCUAUCGAGAAGGCACCGUGCUGGUGUGCUGCAGCAUUGCUUGCUAUGCCUUCUGUCUCCUCUACAGCAUUUUUGUCCUCACAGUCCCCAAGCCAGCAGCUUCCUGCCAAGCCAAAGCCAAGAAUGCAGAGGAGGUGGGUGGUCAGCUGCCAGAAGCAGCAGUACCAGGGAGUUCUCAACCUUCAGAGAGCAGCAUCUCCACUCCUGUAUCACCCUCGAAACUCAUUAUCAUCCUGCUGUUUGUGGCAGCAAUCCUCUAUGACCUUGCUGUGGUUGGUGCAAUGAAUGUACUCCCGCUGUUCUUGCUCAGGGAACCUUUAAGCUGGAAUGCCGUGGAGAUUGGCCAUGGAAAUGCUGCUGGGUAUGUGAUCUUCAUUACCAGUUUCCUAGGGGUACUCGUGUUCUCCAGAUACCUGAGGGACAUCACCAUGAUCAUGAUCGGAGUAGCAUCGUUCAGCGCUGGCAUCCUCAUCAUGGCCUUCGUGCAGUGGACAUUCCUGUUCUACAUUGCACGGGCAGUGAUGCUCUUUGCCCUCAUCCCCUUACCAACCAUCAGGUCCAUGUUGUCCAAGUAUGUUGAAGGAUCAUCCUAUGGUAAGGUGUUUGUCCUGCUGCAGCUGUCUUUAGUCACCACGGGAGUAGUGACAUCUACAGUCUACAACAAGAUCUAUCAAAACACACUGGACUGGUACAGUGGCUUCUGCUUCAUUUUGUCUUUUCUAGUUGGCUGCCUGAGUCUCCUCCCUUUAAGCUUUGUGGCCAUCAAACAACAGUCAACCACUGGCUCCCUUGAGAUUCUGGCCGAGUAAUGAAGGUAUCUUCUGGUUGUUAUCAUUAGUCCGUGCAGCUACCAAUACAACAGGAUACACAGCAUUUGUAUUUCCACUUCCCAGCAUGCCACAACCUCCCAGCCACUAAGCUCACCAAGGAGAGAUGUUUGCCUAGCUAUUUCUGCAACAUGCACCCCAUCCUUCAGAGUAUGUGCACUGGCUCUCGCACACCAGCAGGUCUUCAGAGCAUUCUGCUUUUUGCUAGGCUGGUUAGCAAUACCGAAGAUGGACAAGAAUAUAGGCUAGAAAUGAAAAUGGCAUUUCUAGACACAUUGCUCAGAGCGGAUGCAGAAAGCAGAGGACUGGUUUUCCAUUAGUUCCUUCUUGUCUGUUCACUCAGAAAUCUCAUGGCAGUUCUGUGACUUUGGCUGAUGAAACGGGGCUGCAAACCACGUCACCUGCACAGAGCCAUCAGCAGGCCACAUUGACUCUCCACCUCCUACAGAUGUUAUCAGCCCAGCCAAUUAAUGUUACAUACAAGGCCAUUAAAUAGAGAAAAACCAUCAUAAAAUAUGUAAGAUUAACACAAUUUUAGUAAUCCCUACAAUAAAACACCUCUGAACAGAUGUUCAUGACCUUGACUUCGGGGAUUUUGCCCCACUGCCCCUGAAUGGUGCUUCAACAGAGCUCAUGCUCUUCGAGGACUAAAACUCAAGAGCUAAUGCUCACACCACCACAAUGUGCUACUCUUGUAACAGGUUAAGACCAGGUUAAGUGCAGCACAGAGCUCCUACAGGAUUUAUGCAGGUGUAGGGACAUUGAGACCAUAUAAUAGUCACCGUGCCACCUCAGCUUUAACCUGGGGUGGAAAGGAACCUCAUACAAUACAGCAACUAGAAUAAGAGGAUGUCACAUAAAUCUGAACAUGAGUCAAAAGUCUGGCCUGUCUCACAAGAAUGUGUCUGCUUACACAUCAAUUGAACUAAAAAGGAUUAAGUGGCUUCCAAGGCCCUGGACUAAGUAAAGGGAAGUUAAAAGCUCUUAAAUAACUGAAAUAAUCUGGAGGUAAAUCAGGCAGCUUCAGUUCUAGUAAGAGGUAUAGCAAGCAGAAGUUGGUUCAUCAUUACACGACCUCUUGCUCUGAGGAAGUUGCUGUCACUCUGUCGUCUCCCCUCUCCCCACCACCCAAUCUUUCCUUGGCUCUUUCACUUUCAGAAGCACUUCCAGAAGCAGUGCAGCAAUAGAUGAUUUCUAGUUAGAUCAACUGUGGAAGAUUAAGAGAAGGGUAUUUCUCCAGUAAGAUAGUGAGCUGCUUAGCAAAAUAAGCACACAUAUAAUUUCACCAGUGAAGACUGCAAAAAAAUGGAACUUUAUUCUAAGUAAAGGAGUCAUCUUUUAAUACAUUUAUUGGUCCAUUCCAUUAAAUUAAUUGAGGUAAACAAAUGGUGCAUUUAAAAAAUGUACACACUAAUAGAGAAUUACAAACAGUUUUACCUCAAAGCAUUUUUCUCCAUCAAUACUAGCUCCAUAGUAAACAAUGCACAAAGUAUAUUUAAAGAGAUAUAUGAAAGGGUAUAGAAACAUGCCAGCACCAGAAGGCAAGACAACAUUUCAUAGCCUGCGAGUCUGAACAAGAGCCUAGUUGCCAGAUUCGACCAUGUACGGGACGCAAAUGCCUCCUUCCCAUUUUUACAUUGUUUACUAGCUAAUUCACACAGAGACAAGUCUUUUCACAGCUUUCAUUUUGUAUUUUAAUGGUAUGAACAGUGACUCUAGUUCUGGUGAGUGGGUUUAUAGAGUGAAAGUAGAAAAGUCUGGACAAGGAACCAGCACCGUUUUGGUCCCCAUCACUGACACCUUCAACACAAUGUGUGAAGCUCACAGCCAGCUUGCCUUCACCUGCACAGCCCAUCUCUCCAGACCUUAGGGAGCAACAGAGGGAUGCAGGCACAGAGAAGCAAGAACAAGGACAGUGCUUCUUUAUUUCUGUGUACUGUAGACACAAGCCCUUUGGCUCUUAUGCUCUUAUUGUAAGACUGGCCCUCACUAAUCUGUCUCCUUGUCCAGUGGGAAUAUUGCACUGGCCACAACACUGCAGCUUAAUCUGAAGGUAUGGAUACCAGCACCAGGGUUAAGGAAAUGGUUUAGCUUCAAAGCAUAGACCUUCAAAGCAAUCUAGGACAGUGACUAGCCUUUAUUGUUUUAGCAUGCCAUUUACAUAAAGAUGAUCUACUUACACCUCUUUGGAAAGUUCAUUAUUUUCUGCAAAUUUAAUGUGCUUUAGGCAUGCAACCUUAAAACUUGUCCAGUUCAUUGCAAAGUACUUCUACAACUCAGAUACUUCAGCAAGACUUUCAAGUGCUAAGCACAGAAUUAAGCACUGCCAUUUUAGUUUGUAAGUUGUUUCAACAGCACUCCCAAAUAGUUUUAAAUGCCACAUUCAAUCUGCCAGAAGGCAAAUUCAUUCCUGUGAUCCCCAGUUUUACUUCACAAGAGGAAAAAAAAAAAAUCCAACACGUAGUAGCAACUUGCCUGUAGAACAAGUGUUCACUUUCCCUAUGUAUUGGUGUAGUAAAAGUUAAUAUACCCAAGGAAAGAAUAUUCUACCUUCAGAAUUUAAAAUGACAGAACAUCUAAUGAGCUAAUUUAGUCUAUACAGUUUUGUUCAGUGGUUAUCAGGACAAGGAUUUUCAACAGUCUGCAACAGUAAUCAUAACGAUAUCCAGUUAAAUUGUGCAAGUUUUAACAAAAGCAUGGCUUGUGUUAGAUAAUGGACAUCUGCUGAUGUGGGAAAGAAUUCUUUUGUACCCUUGCAUCUGCAGGACUGACACCUGAAAGCAGUAUGUGUCAUGAACAGGCUAUGCAGAGCCAGUGCUUCAAGGCUGCUACACAGUACUUCCACAGAACUCUCUCUGCCACUCAUGCUUUGUUGCUAUCAGUUACUCCACUACUUUAUCCUUUGCACAAGUUUUAGUGCAGCAAAAAUCCAAGCAGAUUUCAGUGAAGAAUCAUACUUCAUUCUUUAAUAACAACUAAAAACAACUUUAAUAACAAUUCAUAACAAAACUGUUUGUCUUUAGAGCUACACAUAUUACCUUUCCAUUUUCCAAUGUAUACCUGAAAAAGCCAUGAUGUUUCAACAUCUAUGUUUAUUGCAAGAAUUAGAACCUGAUAAAGGUAUACAUGAACAAUGCAUGGUCCAUUACUGAGCACACGGAAAAGAUCUCAGUGCUUUCUUUAUUGUGCUGGUGCCACUUAAGAGAAGAAACAAACACCACAGAAAUGAUACAGAAGUAACGGGGCAGCAGUGAAUUAUGCAUCCGCUGAGAGAACCUUGCCCUGGCUAUGGACUAUGAGGAAAACUGGGACUGCUGAAAGAACCACAAGCUCAUAAAAAGGGUGCCAACUACUUUUGGUGCCAUUUUGGUCCAUGUGCAGAGAGUCAUCUUAAGUGACUUAACACUCAACCAGUUACAGAAAAUAUGAAGCACCUGCACUAUUCCUGCUUCCCUUUACCAAAAAUCUUCUGUUUCUCUCAGGGAAGUGUGGAAUCCAAAGUAAAGACUUCUAUAAGGAUUACAGGACAACAUGUUAAGAGUUUCAGUUCAGGACUCAACCUCCCUCCAACAGCAGUUAUGUCACACAAGUGUCACUCUGCACAUCUUACCAGAAUUUCCUGCAACUUUUGUAGUUUUCCUGACUGGCAUGGUGCCCCAAACAUCAAGGUCAGGAUCCUACCCCCACCUCAUCCACAGCCUCUCCCUCAGUCACCCUGUGAUUUACAACAGCUCUUCAUAAGAAUAGACCAACUACACAGCCUGUAGGAACUGAGACCCACCUAUGCACACUCUUAUUACACUGCAGCAAUUCUUUCAGCGGGCUUCUCCUUUGAAUGCCAAGUUUUACUUCCCUUGUAAGAGCUUAAGAUGUUUUGGUCCAGAUCACGCAAGAUAUCCUGAUCUUCAGCAGCUCCAGCCUCAACAGUUACACGUUGACUUGAACUUCAUUUGGUACUCUCCACUUCCACUACACUUUUCAUGAACAGCUGUCAUAUUAAUUGCUAAAUUGCCCAGAAGCAACACCCACUUCAGUUUGACAUAAAGCAAAGCAGGAAGAGUCCCUUAGUAUUGUAAGGCAUCAGAUGAAACAACCUGUAGGAAAAAAACACCAUUCUUUCUACUCAUCUUGUGCUGUUUAUUUUAAUAAAAUGGUGGGAAGACUGACUAAAUAUUAGUUCAAAAUAUAUUUUGCUUAAGUGAUGUUGUAGAGUCAGCUACAAAAUUCCAUUUAUUCCACAUGAACUAAUUAAAAAAGCAUGUUAUCUUUCUUGGUGGAAAAUGGGGAAGACUGUAACCCUGAAGGACAGACUGUUAGAUAGUAUGCAAGUGCUUAUUCUAGAUUGCUUCAAGAUGAUCCCCUUAAGUACUUCCCCUGAACAAAAGGAGUCCGUGAUUCUGAACCUGACGGUAACUUAAAACAGAGUUCUCAUUUACACCAAAAAGUGCAUAUUGACAAACUGACCUUAAAACAAGGAACACAGUCUUAGUACCACAAAGUUGUCAUUGAAGGCUGAGCCAAAAAGAAUUUCUUAAAAUGUCUUAUUUUUACUUUUUCAUGCAGAGAACACCAUCUCAUUAGCCUGACAGCUACCACAGUGCUGCAAUAACUGAUCUUGAGAGUUCUACAAAGCCACCAGGCUGAGAAGGGUGGCUGCAUGUUCAGUUUGUGUUUACGAAGGAAUAAAUUCCAAAUCAGACUAGUACCUGGUAGGCUGUUACAGGAGAACAGAGAAGUUGCACAGAAAGAAUUACUGCUCACAUUCUUUGCAAGAAUGUUGCCAGAGAACAAGUAAUCACUCAAAUUUUGCAGUAAGCACAGAGUUAUUUAUUGCCCUAAAUCCCAGAAUUACACUCAUAGGAGCCCCAACCCCUCUCACUAGGAUGUUUAAAUCACAUCAGCAUUCCUAAGGCCAUUGACACCAAGUAGGCAUUCACUUGAGGUUGGACUGCAAGAGCAAGGACAAAAAAGGGACUUGCAGAAGCAGCUGCAAUUCUAAAGGGCAACAAAAACUACAAAGAAAAUAGAUCUGUGACAAAAAGUAGUCCUAAAAGACUUGCCAUGUGGUUCAGCAGAGACAGGUAUGAACACUGUGUACCUAAUAGGGUACUCAUCUAUCCCUCACCAACCCAUUUAAGGCAAGUUUCACACACUGAUGCUUGGUGGAAGGAAACAUUUUACAUCUCUUGGCUUUUGGCUGCUGCAAAGAAAGUGUGAGGAGGAGAGAAAGCAGAGUUCUACUUUUACUACAGCAGGCAUCUUAGGUGACCAAGCCUAAAGUGGCUGUAGCAAAACCCAUAUAUAAAGCAUGGUGUAAGAGAUCACCAUGCAACUUCCAGAGCUAGCUUUGGAAAAACCAGACUCAUACUUCCUCCCUCAUUCCAGAAACAACCCUUGAAAGGCUGCAGUCCAACUCAUUCCCGCUGUUAGGCUGGUUUUGAUCCCCAAGUCAGUCACAAGUACACUUCAGUCAACUGACAUUACUUCAUAAUCACCAA